UCGUGCACGCGCUUUCCCGCGCGCGUGUGUGUGUGUGUGUGAGACUUGUGCGCGCGGCUCUGGAGUCCAGCUGGUGUCAGAGUGCAGCAGAAAAUGUCUAUAAAACUUUUAAUUUCCUCGGUUCUCCUGCUCUGCCUCUACAAUGCAUUCACGGACGCGCAGAAGAAAAAAGAGACUCUGCUGUCGGAGAAAGUGACCCAGAUGAUGGAGUGGACCACCAGGCAUCCGGUCAUCAGGAUGAACGGGGAGAAGUUCCGUCGCUUCGUCAAGGCUGUUCCCAGAAACUACUCGAUGAUCAUCAUGUUCACGGCCCUGCAGCCGCAGAGGCAGUGCGGGGUCUGCAAACAAGCAGAUGAUGAGUUCCAGCUGCUGGCAAACUCCUGGCGUUAUUCCUCAGCCUUCACUAACAAAGUCUUCUUCGCCACCGUCGACUUCGACGACGGGUCGGACGUCUUUCAGAUGCUCAACAUGAACUCCGCUCCGACGUUCCUCCACUUUCCGGCCAAAGGGAAGCUGCGCAGGGCCGACACCUACGAGCUGCAGGUCAGAGGCUACGCGGCCGAGCAGCUGGCUCGAUGGGUGUCGGACAGGACCGACGUACACAUCCGAGUCAUCCGUCCCCCCAACUAUGCAGGACCUCUUCUGCUGGGCUUCCUCCUGGCCGUGAUUGGAGGGCUGGCGUAUCUACGGCGACACAAUCUGGAGUUUCUCUUCAACAAGAACGUCUGGGCCUUCUCGUCCCUGUGCUUCGUCCUGAUCAUGACAUCUGGCCAGAUGUGGAACCACAUCCGAGGGCCACCGUACGCACACAAGAACCCGAGCACAGGACAAAUCAGCUACAUCCACGGCAGCAGCCAGGCCCAGUUUGUGGCUGAGACACACAUCAUCUUACUCUUCAAUGCUGCCAUCACCCUGGGAAUGGUGCUGCUUUGCGAAGCUGCCACUUCUGACCUGGACAUUGGAAAGAGGAAGAUUAUGUGCAUAGCCGGCAUCGGCCUCGUGAUGCUCUUCUUCAGCUGGCUGCUGUCGGUCUUCAGAGCCAAGUACCACGGUUACCCGUACAGCUUUCUGUUCACGUGGGGCUCCUGAGGGUCGCAGAGUUUCAAAAGCGAUGAAAGGAACGCGAGGACGUGAAGUUCUCACGAGUGUCCCAACGAGAAAAACCACGUCAAUUAAAGCCACUGACUGACCUUUUACCAUUUAAAUCCCAGUCUCAGCAAGUACACGACAUCUUGUGUCAUAUGGUUUCUUGUGGAUUAGGAUUUUGUCAAGAAUAAUGUGUAAAGUUGAUGGUUUUGUAAUGGUUUAUAUUUACAGGACACACAAGUUUGUAUCUCAGCUGUUGUUGGAAACAUAAACCGGUUGGACUCCUUUA